GCGCGUCUCAGUUGUGCUCGGUGCACAGUGACGCGCUUGCAGCUCCGUGACUGGCUGAUCCCAAGAUGGCGGCCUGCGGACGUGUCCGGCUCUGGUUCUGGCUGACGAGCGCGGUACUGGCUCUGCUCGUGUGCCCACAGGCCGGGGCUCAAGGAGCUGCCCAAGAGGCGGUGGUCGGGGCGGUAGCGGCUCAGCCGGCGGCCUCCCAACCCCGCAGACUCCCCGGCAUCAGACUGAUAGAAGAAGAGGCCUGCCGGGAGGACAUCACCCGCAUCUGCCCCAAGAACUCCUGGAACAACAACCUGGCCGUGCUGGAGUGUCUGCAGGAUGUCAGGGAGACGGACAAUGAAAUUUCCUCUGACUGUAACCAUCUUCUAUGGAACUUUAAACUCAACCUGACAAAAGAUAUCAAGUUUGAGUCUGUGGCCAAAGAGAUCUGCAAGUCUACUCUGUCUGGGCUGAAGGAAUGUGCAGAGGAGACUCCUGGGAAGGGUUAUGUUGUCUCCUGUUUGGUGGAUCAUCGUGCAAAUAUCACAGAAUACCAAUGCCACCAGUACAUCACAAAGAUGGCAACCAUAAUUUACAGCGAUUACCGCCUUAUAUGUGGAUUUAUGGAGGACUGCAGGGCUGAGAUAAACACUCUGAAGUGCGGCAGUAUCCGACCCGGAGACAAGGACCCUCACUCUCAGGGGGAGGUGGUUGCUUGCCUGGAGAAGGCCAUCGUAAAGGAAGCAGAAGAGACAGAUCCCCAGAACCACAUAUCUGAUAAGUGCAAACAGUCAAUCAUGCGUGUGGCUGAGCUCUCAUCAGAUGACUUCCAUCUAGACAGACACCUGUACUUCGCCUGCAGAGAUGACCGGGAGAGAUUUUGUGAAACUGUCCAGGCUGGUGAAGGAAGAGUGUAUAAGUGUCUGUUCAACCAUAAGUUUGAGGAAUCCAUGAGUGAGCGGUGCCGAGAUGCCCUUACCACUCGCCAAAAGUUGAUAGCUCAGGACUACAAGGUCAGUUACUCUCUGGCCAAGUCUUGUAAGGCUGAUUUAAAGAAGUAUCGCUGUAAUGUGGAAAAUCAUCCACGCUCCAGGGAGGCUCGGCUUUCCUAUCUGCUGCUUUGUCUGGAGUCUGCUGUGCAUAGAGGCCGCCAGGUUAGCAGUGAGUGCCAAGGAGAGAUGCUUGACUACAGGCGCAUGUUAAUGGAGGACUUCUCUCUGAGCCCAGAGAUUAUCCUGAGCUGCCGGGGGGAAAUCGAACACCAUUGCUCGGGUCUACAUAGAAAGGGACGCACCCUGCAUUGCCUGAUGAAAGUUGUGCGUGGAGAAAAGGGGAAUAUAGCAGAAAAGUGUCAGCAGGCGUUACAGACAUUGGUGCAGGAGACAGACCCUGCCUCUGAUUAUCGUAUAGACCGCGCACUCAAUGAAGCAUGCGAAUCUGUCAUUCAGACUGCCUGCAAGCAUAUCCGCUCUGGGGAUCCAAUGAUUCUGUCAUGUUUAAUGGAGCAUUUAUAUACAGAAAAAAUGGUGGACCAGUGUGAACAUCGUCUUCUGGAGCUGCAGUACUUUAUCUCAAGGGACUGGAAGUUGGAUCCUGUUUUAUACAGGAAAUGUCAGGGAGACGCCUCCAGGUUGUGUUACGCACAUGGCUGGAAUGAGACCAGUGAAAAUAUGCCAGCUGGAGCCAUCUUCUCCUGUUUGUACAGGCACGCGUAUCGCACAGAGGAUCAGGGGCGCAGAUUAUCACGUGAGUGCCGUGCUGAAGUGCAGCGUAUUCUCCAUCAGAGGGCACUUGAUGUGAAGCUGGAUCCUGCCAUGCAGGCCAAAUGCAUGACAGAGCUGGGGAAAUGGUGUAAUGAAAAGACUGAGACCGGACAGGAACUGGAGUGCCUACAGGAUCACCUGGAAGAACUGGUUCCAGAGUGCAGGGAGAUUGUGGGAAAUCUUACAGAGCUGGAGUCAGAGGACAUCCAGAUAGAAGCUCUUAUGAUGAGAGCAUGUGAGCCCAUCAUUCAGGGAUACUGCCACGAGGUGGCUGAUAACCAGAUAGACUCAGGGGACCUUAUGGAAUGUUUAAUCCAGAACAAACAUCAGAAGGAGAUGAAUGAGAAAUGUUCAGUGGGUGUCACCCACUUCCAGCUGAUACAAAUGAAAGAUUUCCGCUUCUCCUACAAGUUUAAGAUGGCCUGCAAGGAGGAUGUGCUGAAACUCUGUCCUAACAUUAAGCAGAAGGUGGAUGUUGUCAUCUGUCUGAGCACUACAGUUCGUAAUGAUACAUUGCAGGACCAAAAGGAGCAGAGGGUGUCCUUGAAGUGCCGGAAACAGCUAAGAGUUGAGGAGCUGGAGAUGUCCGAAGAUAUCCGGUUGGAGCCAAAGCUGUACGAUUCCUGCAAAAAUGACAUAACCUCCCUGUGUCCAAAUGUGCCCUUUGGAAAUGCUCAGAUCAUUGAGUGUCUCAAAGAAAAGAAGAAGCAGCUGAGUUCUUCUUGUCAUCAGAAAGUCUUCAAGCUCCAGGAGACAGAGAUGAUGGACCCUGAACUAGAUUACACGCUUAUGAGGGUCUGCAAACAAAUGAUCAAGAGGUUUUGUAGCGACGCAGACUCCAAGAACAUCCUGCUAUGUCUGAAGCAAAACAAGAACACAGAGACCAUGGACCCCAAAUGUAAACAAAUGAUCACAAAGCGUCAAAUCACACAGAACACAGAUUAUCGCUUGAAUCCUGUACUUCGAAAGUCCUGCAAAGCUGAUAUCCCUAAAUUCUGCCAGUCUAUUUUGAACAAUGCCAAAGACGACACUGAACUGGAGGGACAAGUCAUUUCCUGCCUGAAGUUGAAAUAUGCUGACCAGCGUCUGUCUCCAGACUGCGAAGAUCAGGUUCGUGUAAUAAUUCAGGAGACUGCAAUUGAUUACAGACUAGAUCCUCAGCUGCAGAUUCAAUGUUCUGAGGAGAUCAACACACUUUGUGGGGAGGAGGCUGCAGCUCAGGAACCUACGGGACAGGUGGAAGAGUGUCUGAAGAUGAACCUGCUUAAAAUAAAGUCUCCUGGUUGUAAGAAGGAGGUUCUUAACAUGCUGAAGGAGAGUAAAGCGGACAUCUUUGUGGAUCCUGUGCUGCACACUGCCUGCGCACUGGACAUUAAACACCACUGUGCUGCAAUCCCGCCAGGCAAAGGACGCCAGAUGUCCUGCCUAAUUGAAGCAUUACAGGAUAAGAUGGUUCGACUGCAGCCAGAGUGUAAGAAGAGACUGCAGGACCGGCUUGAUAUGUGGAGUUAUGCAGCCAAGGUGGCCCCAGCUGAUGGGUUUUCAGAUUUGGCAAUGCAAGUGAUGAGCUCUCCAUCCAAGAACUACAUCCUGUCUGUCAUCAUGGUUGGAGUUUGCGUCUUAUUCUUUGGGGGCCUUCUAUGUGGGCGCAUCACCAAGAGGGUGACACGAGAGAUGAAGGACAGCUACAAGAAAUUGUACCGAUAACUGAACUCAAGACUGCAGCAUAGUCAGACACUCCAAGCAACCCCCUUCCUCUCCUACAUGCUAAAGCCAGGACUGCAACCACAGACCAUCCCAUGAUCUCAUAACCGGCUUUAACUCCUUCUGUCCUGUACUGCCAUUCUGGUUGUGCAAUAUACACUGGAGCUAAGCCUGCCUCUCCGCACACAGGGAACGAGUCACAUCCACACAUUUGAGUACAUUUUUCUUUCUGUAAAUUGUUUUCUCUCUGUGUAUAGAUAAUGUCAUUCUGUUCAUGCUGUGUCAUAUUGAAAUGUUACCGAUGUUCAAGGCAAAAUGUGCAUUUUUUUUUUCUGUACAGAAAAUGGGAAGAUUUAAUAAAAAACAAAAAUGCUA